AUGAGGCCCCGGAUGCUGCCCGUGUUCUUUGGGGAGAGCAUUGAGGUGAACCCAGAACCCACGCCCGAGAUCCGCUGCAAUUCCGAGGUCAAGUACGCCUCGGAGAAGCACUUCCGGGACAAGGUCUUCUACGCGCCGGUGCCCACGGUCACGGCCUACAGCGAGACGAUCGUGGCCGCGCCUAACUGCACUUGGCGCAGCUACCGCAGCCAGCUGACCCUGGAGCCGCGGCCGCGCGCCCUGCGCUUCCGCAGCACCACCAUCAUCUUCCCCAAGCGCGCCCGCAGCUCCUUCCGCACCACCCUGCACCUCAGCCUGGGCCGGCCCCGCCGCUGGUUCACGGCCAGCGUGCAGCUGCAGCUGUGCCCGCGCCCCGGGCCCGGCCUGCUGGGCCCCGCGCCUCUCUGA